AUGGAGCCUCGCAAAUUAGAGCGAAGAAAAACCAUGACCAUGAAUUGGGAUGGCCUAGGUGACGACGAUGAUGAGUUCUUUGAACCUAGUAAUCGAGUAUCCUCCGCCGUGCCUCGAGACUUGACCGAUGAAGAUAGCGAUGAUUUCGAUGACUGUCGACAUUCGUUCUCGUCCAAUGGCUCACCCAUCCAUCGUGCAAAGGCGGUGGCAACAGUCGCACCGCCAAUAGUGGCACCACCAAUAAUGCCACCAAUGUCGCCUAAUUACGAUAUAUGGAAGUCAUCUCCCGGGUCCAUAAAGCACCGUAGACAACAAUUAUUUCAAGGGAUGGGCUUAUCCGCUAACAAAGAGCUUUUAAGCUUCAAACAUUUAGAUACCAAUAAGGUACUUAAUGGCUCGGUUCGGACGACACUACCACCACCACCACCACCACCACCACCCAAAGUUACAACUACGGUUACAACUGAUUCUAAAGAUGAGAAGAACAAGAAAGAUGGUUCGAAAGAAAGCAAGCCACGUUCUGGUUCGGUGGGCGGAUCUCGAUCCGACGGCGAAAUGGAGCUGCUUUCGAUCGAAAAGAAACGAAAAAAACAGUUACUCGGUUCGGUAUCGAAACAAAGCUUGAGGAGAACUUCGUCAUUAAUGUCAACACCCAGAGCACAAUCGUAUCCUAACAAAGAAGCAACCGCUAAGAAAGCUUCAACUAAAGAUGCUACCGCCGUGGCGAGUAGUGGUAGCAACAACAACAACAAUAACAAUGUUUCGACGAAGCAAAACGACGGUUUCACGUCGGCUUUUUCGGACAACAACUUUGAAGCAUUUUUCUUAAUCAAGAAUUUGGAUAACGGGAAAGAAUUCAUCGUCAACGAGUUCGAUCAAGACGGAAUGUGGAACAAGUUGAGCGAUAUCCAAACGGGAAAACAAUUAACAAUGGAUGAAUUCGAGAAAUCGGUAGGGUAUUCGCCGGUGGUUAAAGAUUUAAUGAGCCGUGAUGAAAAUGUUAACCGCAUGGUAACGAACCAACACGGCAGCGACCGGAAACUCAACUCUUAUUUUUCAAAGAGCUUGAAAGUAAGCAAAAAGCGCGGCGCCGCCGUGUUGAAAAGCAUCAAAGGGGUGGCAACUUCGAUGACGUUGAGAGGUGAAAAAGAAAAGGAACAAAAUUUAUUUAAUGUCGAUCAAAAGAAGAACAACGGAAAUAGUAAUAAUAAUCAAUGGGUGAAAGUUCGACAAACGGGGAAAUCGUAUAAGGAAUUGAGUGCUUUACAUUUAUGUCAAGAGAUUCAAGCUCAUGAAGGGUCGAUUUGGAGUAUAAAAUUCAGUACCAACGCCAGGUUUUUGGCUAGCGCCGGUGAAGAUACGAUGAUAUAUGUAUGGGAAGUACAAGAAUGUGAAGUGAAGCCGAUGAAUGAAGCGUGUUCGUCGCCGGAAGAUAAAAAGAAGAAAGGAAAAGGAUCGUCGAGUAGUAAAAAAGGGAAUCAAGUUCCUAACUAUGUUCAUGUGCCGGAAACUGUGUUUUCAUUGUCGGAUAAACCGAUAUGUUCUUUCAAAGGACAUUUGGAUGAUGUUUUGGACUUGUCUUGGUCUAGAUCCCAGCAAUUGCUUUCGUCUUCCAUGGACAAAACCGUAAGGUUAUGGGAUUUGGAUACCAAGAGCUGUCUAAAAUUAUUUGCCCACAAUGAUUAUGUAACAUGCAUACAUUUCAAUCCAAUGGAUGAUGAUUAUUUCAUAAGUGGGUCACUUGAUACAAAAGUUAGGAUUUGGAACAUACCAAAGAGGCAAGUUGUUGAUUGGACUGACAUUAAUGAAAUGGUUACUGCUGUCUGUUACACUCCUGAUGGUCAGGGUGCCAUAAUUGGUACACAUAAAGGCAGUUGUCGACUAUACAGUACUGAGGAUUGCAGAUUAACUCAAUUAGAUCAGAUCACCACUCAAAACAAGAAGAAAGACAAUGCUAAAAAGAUCACUGGUUUUCAAUAUUGUCCGAUUAAUCCAACCGAAUUACUUAUCACUUCUGCCGAUUCCCGAAUACGAGUUUUGGGCGGUCCCGAAGUCUUUUAUAAAUUUAAAGGGUUCAAAAAUACAAACAGUCAAAUUGCAGCUACGUUUACAUCCGACGGAACAUAUGUGAUAAGUGCAAGUGAAGAUUCUCAGGUUUUCAUAUGGAGAACCGAAGAGCCUCGGAACACCGGCACCGGAAAACGAUCAGUGAUCACUGCACGAGGCCACGAAUAUUUCCCAUGCAAAGACGUUUCGGUAGCAAUCCCAUGGCCAGGCACUAUCAAAAGCGAGCCCCUGUCAAUGACAGGAUCAUCGCAUUUGAAACGGAGCUCCAAAAGUUUACAAGUUCCCAAUGGCGAAUCCCCGACUAAAAAUGAUCAUAACAAGAAAAUUUUGCCCUUGCCGCCACUUCCGAAAAAGAAGAGCAACCACCAUCUAGGCAAAAUUAUAACUGACGAAGAUGGUGAGAUGGCCGAUUCGAUGUCGAGGUCUUCCACUGCUUCGGCUUCAAGUCGAAGUAGUUCGGUCUCAAAUGAUGAUUCAUCAUCAUCAACAUCAACAUCAUCGAUGUCAAGGUCUUCCACUCUUUCCGGUGCCAGCAACUUGAACUCUUCAGGUUCGAACCGGGUUUCGGGUUCAAUAAGAUACGGUGAUUCACCAUCGAUAUCUUCUUUCAUAGGAUCGUCGCCUUGGUCGUGGUUCAAUGUCAGCAGUCACGGACACAAUGCGGCAGCUUGGGGACUAGUAAUUGUGACGGCCACUUUGAGUGGCGAAAUAAGGAUUUACCAAAAUUUCGGGUUACCACGUAGAGUUAGUCGCCUCUAA